AAUAUAUAUAAAAUAAAUAAAUAAUAGCUGUUAUCAUUAAAGCUGUUAAACUAAAACAUUAGGGUGACUAACUAACUAGAGAAUCCAUAGAAAGAUGAUAGUGCUAGCGUACACUAUCAUAAUAAUAAAUAUAUAACCAAUAAAUUACACAAUUUAUUACAAAUUGAUGAUUUAAAAUUGGCCGCUGUAAGCGAUUCUGGGAGAGUGGGAUGCCGAGAGUAAUGCCGCUGGUAUUGCGCAGUAACCACCUGGCCGUGCCUCACCCUUGCGUUGCGGUGACUUCGCCUCUGUGUGAUGUCACGGAAUGCGCCACGCAUGCUACAGGGGAGGUCUGGAGGAGGAGCAUGACCAUCCUACUCUGUGCGGCGAUAUCGCUCGCAUAGUGUAGGAGGAUUGGAUCGGCAGGGAAACAAAUGCACGGCAAGGCAGUGCAGCACGGAGUUGAUAGAGCCUCAAGUUUGAGGAUUGAUUAGGUUGUGCCCAGGCACACCAGGCACAGCCCGUGCGCACGCCUAUGAUGAUUGACAGUGCUUCUUACAAACCACCUGGGAAUUCAUCUUACGGCACUUUUGCGACAGUCAAUGAAAAGGCAGAAAUGGAUAGCUUGGAUCUGGAGAAAGGCCAUACCAUUGAUGAGAUGAUAGAAUUAUGCAUCCAAAACUUUGACUCAGAUGGGAAUCCCAAGGAUCGUGAACUGGUUCAGAUGUUUCUUAUGAUGCAUCCUUGGUACAUAACAUCUGGGGAUCUUGCCAAAAAGUUCUUUUCACUUUCCGAAGCUGGUGAUAAUGCAAAGCGAGAACGGAUCUGUCACCUUGUAAGGUUCUGGAUAGGAGAAUACCCAGCUGAGUUUGACUUAAAUCCAGAACUGGGAGAACAGAUUCGAGACCUGAAGAGGGCGCUGGAAAACAAAGGGAACCGCAGGGAGAGCAGCCUCAUCGACAUUGAGAGUGUCCCAUCUUAUGGCUGGAAAAGACAAGUGACGCAGCGAGGACAAAACUGUGGCAGAAUAAGGAAAACUUCUCUGCUGUUUGAUCAUUUGGAUCCAGGUGAACUAGCAGAACAUCUAACACAUCUAGAAUUUCACUCGUUUUCUAAGAUCUUGUUUCAAGAUUAUCACAGCUUUGUCCUUCACGGCUGCACUGUUGGAAACCCUGUGUUGGAAAGAUUCAUAGCCCUUUUCAAUGGUGUUUCUCAGUGGAUUCAACUCAUGGUGCUCAGCAAGCCUACUCCACCACAAAGGGCAGCAGUGAUAAAGCAAUUUGUUCAGGUGGCAGAGAGGCUUCUCGAGCUGCAAAACUUCAACACACUUAUGUCUGUUGUUGGGGGUCUCAGCCACAGUUCUAUCUCUCGCCUGAAAGAAACUCAAUCACACGUCAGUGCAGAGACUACAAAGGUCUAUGAUUCUCUUUUGGAGCUUCUUACCUCAUCAGAUAACUAUGCCCGAUACAGGCGCAGGUUUGCACUUUGUGAAGGUUUUCGUUUUCCUGCUUUGGGGGUGCACUUAAAAGACCUCAUGGCAUUGCAUGUAGCACUGUCUGACUGGACGGACAAGGCCAAAGGUGCUAUCAAUGUCUCCAAAAUGCGUCAGGUCUAUAAGGUGGUUCAUGAACUAACAGAAGCCCAAAGGUUGGAGCCUCCGGUGAAAGCAAACCAUGAUCUGCUGAACCUGUUAACGGUUUCACUGGAUCAGUAUCGAUCAGAAGAAGAGAUUUACCAGCUGUCUCUUCAAAGAGAACCAAGGGCACGUACAUCGCAAGCCACUAUCAAGACACCUCCAUCCCCUUCACCUCCCAUGGAGGAAUGGGCUUCACUAAAAGCAAAACCAGACCAGACCAUGCUUUGCCAACACAUAGAGAAAAUGGUUGAGUCUGUGUUUCGACUCUUUGAUGAAGAUGGCGAUGGACACAUCUCCCAAGAAGAGUUCUGCAGUGUUCGGAGCAACUUCCCUUACCUUUGUGCCUUUGAUGAGAUAGACCAAAAUCAGGAUGGAAAAAUCAGUAAACAGGAGAUGACUUCAUAUUUUCUGAAAGCCAGCUCGGUGUUGGAUUGUAAAAUGGGAUUUAUACACAAUUUCUGCGAGAGGACAUUCCUUCGGCCUGUGUCAUGUCAGCACUGCGGAAAUCUGAUACUUGGAAUAUAUAAGAAAGGAUUGAAAUGUCGAGCCUGUGGGGUCACUUGUCACAAGCACUGUAAGGAUCGUCUCGCUGUAGAGUGCAAGAAAAGAACUAAAAGUGUCAAUGAGAAGCGGGAAAGUUCUCACCAGGGGCGACAUUUUUCCUUCACUCUUCCAAGAUCGUUCAAGAGAUCCUCUUUACCGGCAGAGCUGAAAGAAGAAGAUCCGCAGGUGGAGGAUGAUGGCGUCUUUGAUGAUCGUUUAUAACCAGAAAAGUGGCUGAAAGUUGGUAACUCAUCCAAACCAUUACAGGAAUUUACAUAGAACAGUCUACUCAGAAGCAUCGUUCUCCUAUCUGCUCAUCUCUACGGGAAACGUCACAACUUUUCCAAUGUAUUCUGAUUUAUUUUAGGAUGCAAGACUCCAUUGACGCUCCGAGUGUUUCAGGUGAAAGUCCGAUAUUGCCAAAACAUGAAUAAAUAAAUGGCGAGAGAUGUCCUUGUCAAAGCACACGUAUAAAAUAAAUGUAC